AUGGAUCAAGCAGACAUCCCCGCGCUGCUCUCUCGCCUGGCGAGUCCCGAAGAUGCGGCCCGUAAGAUGGCCGUCUUCAAGCUCCAGUCGUCCAUCAACGAUCCCGCCUUCGCCGACGUCUUCAUCUCCUCUGGCGGCCUCGUCAUCCUGCGGCGCCUCAUCAUGGGCUCCGGCGGCAACACUCUUGCCUACUCGCUCCAGAGCCUGACGAGGCUGCUCGAGGUCGACAUGGGCUGGGACAUUUUCGAAGGGCCGACCGCGAGCGAGCUGGUGGAGCGCAUUGUGGAACUGAUUGUGACGAAUCCCCUGGUUAACAUCCUUAGGGGCGCAAUGUCGAUUCUGGUUGCCCUGGUCGGACACUCUCAGUCCAACAGCCCCGAGUCGCCGACUCAAGAUCACGGAGCCUUUGGGUUUCGGGCGCUGAAGCCGGCCGUGGCCGUGUACCCGCAGUUCUUCGACGUCGUUGUGCAGCAGCUCAAUAGUGCCGACCAUGCCCUGUGUGCGAACGCUCUCAUGCUGGUCAACGCCCUGAUUCGAGAUGCCUUGUCGACUAAGAGCGUCAUGGCGAGCGGGAAUGGAAAGGGGGCCGGCGAAGAGUGGCCCAAGCUCAUGAAACGGCUGCAAGACCUGGGCUUGAUCAAGGCGGUUUACAAGCUAAUGCAAGGGUCCGGUCUUCAAGAUCUCGCCCACCCUGCAUUGGAAUUCCAGAACUUGAACAAAGUUGUCUUCAGAAAGUGGAGGGAUGUCAAGGUGGACCUGGAACGACCAGAGCACAGGCGGUCGCUCAAGAGUCUUCAUCUGUCGAGUGCACCGGACCGAUCUACAACAAAUGGCCAUUUCAGAGAGGGAUCAGGAGACACGACGACGACCAAGAAAGACGGCAGGAAGCACAACCCGGAGAAAUGGAGGAGAUUGGGUUUCGAGACGGAAAGCCCUGCCCAAGACUUUGACGUGACCGGAUAUCUCGGCAUGAUGGACCUGACCGACUACGUGCGCAAGAACGAGGACCGGUUCCAAAAGCUGCUGUUGGAACAGGCCACCAAGCCAUUACAUGAGCGCUGUCCAAUUGCCCGUGCGAGCUUAGCCGUGACGAUGAUGCUCUACGAGCAUUUUGAUGUGGAUAAGGCUGAUAUGGAGGACAUGAAGGGGUACCAGGGAGUCGAUACCAAGGACUAUGACAGGGUGUUUCGACCACUACUGUUGCAGUGGCCCCGACUGCACAUUGCUGGGCUGCAUGCCUUCUUUCGUGUCUGGAAAGCUACUGGUGCCGUACAGGAAGACUUUGAAAAGGUGGCAGAGCUGGUGCGUAUCCUGAUCGAGCGGGUUGCUGGCCAAUCUCCCCGGACGAGCGAUGUCAUAGAAGUGGAGGACGAGUUACAAGAAUACGACAUUGCUAGACUCCGAGAGCUCCAAAUGGAGCUGCUUGAGAUGUCAUUUGAGGAAACGUGGGGCAAGCAUCUCUACCAAGUGCGAGAUGUCUUGAAACAGGAGGCCCUGCAGUUUGUCAAGGAGCAGAGGGUUCGGUGCCUGCUCCAGGGUGCUUGGUUCCAUCGGCCUGCUUCACAGAGGGAUGAGACGGGAGAGAAGAAGCCGUGGAGGUUCGCCAAGCUGUCCCAUAACCGCCGAUAUUUGCACUACACCGAUUUCGAGAAGCAGAUGGCGCAAGAUCCUGGCCUGAAUAGUCUGCAGGAGAAGAUUGAUCUCACCACUAUAAGCUCUGUCGUGUCCAAUGUCUCUGCGUCUACCGACGACUCCAAGACGACGGCUAGCGGGGCGACGAUCCAGAAUAUCACCAGCGGUGGAGAGAAGUCGACGACCAAAAUUACCAUCUACAGCUUCGUAAACCCCGCCGAUGCUGUGACUGGCAAUGCGGAUGCAAAGGAACACCCAAUCUUGGCUCUCUGGCCCACCAGCCAUAGCGUGGCCUCGGAGUGGCUCGACGGCAUGUUGAUGAUACUGAACCAGGCUCCGAUCACAGCCGAGACGAGCAAACUGGUCAAUCUGGUGGGCGGAUACGGACUGAAGAUUCGGCUACUCAACGUGAGGAUGGAUGAAGCACCUGUUGGAGGUGGGAUCGUGCCGAGCCGAGAGGGGCUCGAUGAGGACUACUUCUAUGAGGUCUAA